UAUGGAAUAUAAUAUACAUUCUAAUGAUGAUAGUAUAAAUGAAGUCAUUUUAUCUGUAUUGAAAGAUUUAGAUGAUACUUUUUUUGCCAAUUAUUCAGAUUCUGAAGGUGAAGAAUCUAACUCUGUAUUAGAUGAUAAAUCAAUAUCUGAUGAUGAUUUUUCUAACGUUCUUUCAAAUAAAUUAAAUGAAUUCAAUUUUGUAGAU